AUGAUAGAAACAAUGGAUACACAGCGUGCCUUGCAGGCGGUGGAGCGUCUCCAGGCAAAACUGAAGGAGCGGGAGGUGCCCACCGAGGAGAAGCUCAGCCUGCUUAAGUCAGUGCUCCAGAGCCCCCUCUUCCACCAGAUCCUGGCCUUGCAGAAGUCUGUCCAGCAUCUCAGAGACCAGGAGAGUGUCCCAGUGUCGAGUGGGAGUGACCUCAGCGAUAAUGUUGCAGCAGUCAAACCCAACGGCGGCCAUGUUCCCUACUCAGACACAUCAGCUUCUACACUCAUCAAUGGCAAGACAUCGUGUGAAGAAUUUGAACACCUCAUUAACUCCAUGGCGCAGGGGCGCUCUGUGACACACGUGGACCUACAGAAGCCAGUGUCAGGAGGUCUCGGCUUCAGCGUGGUGGGCCUGAAGAGCGAGAACCGAGGAGAGCUCGGAAUCUUCAUCCAGGAAAUUCAACCAGGAAGUGUGGCUGACUGUGAUGGGAAGCUCAAAGAAGCUGACCAGAUCCUAGCCAUCAAUGGCCAGCUGCUGGACCAGAGAGUGACCCACCAGCAGGCUAUAGGUAUCCUGCAAAGUGCGCCAGAGAGGGUGCAGCUCUCGGUGGCUAGAGGUCCAAUACCUCAGCUGGCCAGUCCUGCGGUGUCCCGCACGCCCUCGGCUGCCAGUACACUGUCAGCCAGCUCCAGCGCGGUGCAGCACGUGGAAACGAUUGAACUGGUCAACGAUGGCACUGGACUUGGCUUCGGUAUCGUGGGAGGAAAGACCACUGGGGUUAUUGUCAAAACCAUCCUUCCUGGAGGCAUAGCUGAUCAGGAUGGCCGCCUGCGCAGUGGGGACCACAUCCUGAGAAUCGGAGACACUGACCUGUACAGCAUGGGCAGCGAACAGGUGGCCCAGGUCCUCAGGCAGUGUGGGAACAGGGUGAAGCUGGUGGUUACCAGGGGCCCCGUGGAGGAGAAUACCAGUCUCUCUGCUGUCAUGCCUGUGGUGCUCCCCACUGUCAAUGAACAGGGCUAUGAGGAAGAGGAGGAUGAAGCAUUUGAUGUGAGCCUUACCAAGAACAGCCAGGGACUGGGGAUCACUAUUGCUGGCUAUGUUGGAGAUAAAAAUUCAGAGCCCUCUGGCAUUUUCGUUAAGAGCAUAACAAAAGACAGUGCCGUAGAUCAAGAUGGCCGUAUUCAUGUUGGAGACCAGAUAAUAGCUGUUGAUUGUGUAAACAUCCAGGGAUACACCAAUCAGCAGGCAGUGGAAGUGCUCAGACACACAGGCCAGACAGUCCACCUUAAGCUGAUCCGGCGGGGCUUCAGGCCCGAGGAGAUCCCCCCUUCGGUGGUCCCCGUUGUCGCCGCCCCAUCCCCUUCCACCACCAUCCCCACAACCACUGUCGUCAUGAUGGAGUUAGAGCUGGAGCAGAAAGAGGCUGAGGAAGCUGCUCGAGUCACCACAGAUGAAAAGCCUCUCCAGACAAAGAGUGAAGGAUCUGAUGUCAGCCCAGCCGAGGAUCAGCUUACAGAAGACAAAUAUGGGAUGGAGCUAACACCCUUUGAAGAGGAAGAUCUAAUGAAGAAGUGGCAAGAAAUUCUGGGUCCUAGUAAUGAAGUUGUAGUGGCUCAGGUGGAGAAGUUCAGUGAGAACAGUGGGCUGGGCAUCAGUCUGGAAGCCAACAGUGGGCAUCAUUACAUCCGCUCUGUUCUACCCGAGGGACCUGUUGGUCGCUGUGGCAAGCUGUUCAGUGGAGAUGAACUGCUUGAGGUCAAUGGUUUAUCCCUGAUUGGUGAAACCCACAAGGAAGUAGUCAGAAUCUUGAAGGAGCUUCCACUUUGCGUGAACAUGACAUGCUGUAGGCCCGCCCCUCACCUGCAGACUGACAUGGAUGAUGUCCAACCAGAAUCAGAGACUUUGUCAACAACUUCAACAUUAAAGAAACAAAUAGACCUGAGCGGCGUACCGGUUGCUGAACACUCAGAGGUGAAUGUAGCGGCGGCGACACAGGAUAAUGUGACAGAGGACGUGAUAGGAUCUCCUUUGGCUAUGUGGGAAUUGGAGAUCCAGAACAUCGAGCUUGAAAAGGGAGAAGGGGGAUUGGGAUUCAGCAUUCUGGACUAUCAGGACCCACUGGACCCCGCCAAGACGGUGAUCGUGAUUCGCUCUCUGGUUCCCGGCGGUGUGGCCGAACAAGAUGGCCGACUGUUGCCAGGAGACCGACUCAUGUAUGUUAACACCACAGACCUAGAGAACGCCAGUCUGGAGGACGCGGUCCAGGCCCUGAAGGGAGCCAACCUUGGCAAGGUCCAGAUAGGAGUUGCCAAACCACUGCCUGGAAUAUGUGGAUAUUCCCAAUCUCCACACCCAUAUGGUGAACAGGAAUUUACUUCAUCAUCCACCAUCCAUUCAUUUGACUUCAAAAAUAUUUGGGUUGAAGAAGGAGAGGAAGAAGGACUGACUGAGGGCGUCGUUUACCGAGCAGAGCCUGCAUUGAUUGACACCUGCGAAGUGGACCUGUCUGAUGAAAAGGUGUUAGACCUUACUUACUCUGGGAUGGAGGACGACACUUUCCAGGCAUCCAUGAUUGCUCUUCAUGGCAGCAGCUGUAGUGCAGACCUGGAUUUCCUGCACUCGUCCACGCCCAAGCUGACAGCUCGUCUGGACUUGUUGGAGGAGCAUCCCCGCUUUGCGACGCCGUCCGGCCUAGCGGACGACACGCGAGCGACCUCCCCUGAGGAGUCUGCCUCUUUCAAUCCGCCGAGUUUGAGAGGUCACGACCCGACUUUUAAUGCCAUAUUAAGCGGUUCUAAUCAGUUCCUGGCACUGCACUCGACACAAGAAGAACCAGUGGAGAGCUCAAACUCAUACAGCCCAUUCGCUGAAAUAGUGACCGGAUCGUCUGUCCCAGAUGAACCUGUGGAGUCUCUUUACUAUCCGAAGGAGCCACCCAUGUCUUUUGAAGACAUUGGAGAUAUAAAGAUCUUGAUGAAGGGCGAGGAGACUGGUGUGAAAGAAUCAGCAGAAGCCGACGACAAGGAAGCACUGACCUCAGGGAGCAAUUUUGAAAGGACCAUCACAGUUGUCAAGGGCAACUCCAGCCUAGGGAUGACCGUGAGCGCCAUGAAAGAUGGUUUGGGAAUGCUGAUCCGCAGUAUAAUCCACGGGGGCUCCAUUAGCCGUGAUGGACGUCUGGGUGUCGGUGAUCUCAUCCUGGCCAUCAACGGAGAGCCCACUGGGCACCUGACCAAUGCCCAGGCUCGCUCCAUGCUUAGACGACACUCCCUCAUUGGACCAGACCUGGGAUCUGCUUGUGCACCUGAGGACGAUCUGUGCCCAUUUUAUGUCAUUACAUAUGUUCCAGCAGAGUAUCUUGAAGAGUACAAGGCCAGCCGAGAGCAGGCUAAAGAAGAUGUCUUCUGUGAAACGGAUCCGGUCCCAGUAGCAGAUCAAAAAGAUAUUCCAAGCCUCCCUGAACGGGAAGAUGGCGAGGGAGAGGAGAGUGCCGCUUAUAACAACUGGAACCAACCUAGGAAAGUGGAGCUCUUCCGAGCGCCAGGCAAGUCCUUGGGUAUCAGCAUUGUCGGGGGCCGAGGGAUGGGCAGCCGGCUGAGCAAUGGAGAGGUGAUGAGGGGCAUUUUUAUCAAGCACAUCCUGGAGGACAGUCCUGCUGGACAGAACGGGACCCUGAAGACUGGAGACAGAAUCGUAGAGGUGGAUGGAGCAGAUCUAAGAGAUGCUAGUCACGAGGAGGCAGUGGAGGCUAUACGCAGGGCAGGCAACCCUGUGUCCUUCUUGGUCCAGAGUAUUAUUCACAGGCCCAGGUCAUCGGUAACAGACUCCAGUGAGGAGAGAGCUGCAGCCAAGACAAGGGACAACAAGGACAAGCCUGUGAAGCGUGAAGCGGCGAAGGCAUCUCCCACCAGCCCUGUCCUCCUCCUGCCAGUGGUGCCCCAUGUGGGAGAGACUGAUACAGACACGCUGACGGAGAUUCCUGGCGGACCUGCUGAGGCAGAGGAGGAGAAUGAGGAGGAGGUGGAGGUGGAGGAUGAGUUUGGAUACAACUGGAAGAACAUAAUCCAGCGCUACGGCAGCCUUCCAGGUGUCCUACACAUGAUUGAGCUGGAGAAAGGCAAGACAGGCCUGGGCCUCAGCCUGGCGGGGAACAGGGACCGCUCACGCAUGAGCGUGUUCGUGGUGGGAAUAGACCCCAACGGGGCGGCCGGCAGGGACGGACGUAUGGUAGUGGGAGAUGAGCUGCUGGAGAUCAAUGGGCAAGUCCUUUACGGCCACAGUCACCAGAAUGCAUCCUCCAUAAUAAAGAGCUCUCCAUCCCAAGUCAAAAUCAUCUUUGUCAGGAACAUGGAGGCGCUGGACCAGAUGGCCGUGGGACCCGUGAGAGAACACGAGGGAGACACAGUGGAGCCCCACACUGAGGUAGAAACCACUGCUGCUAAUGGGGAUGGCGAUACUUCAAAAUAUGUGCAUCACAGCAUAGACCUGCAGGAGGAUGGAGCAAUUGGAAUCACAUUUGUGGAGGGAAACACUGAGAGUGGAGAUGAGAAUCAAAGUAUAUCUGAAGUGAAAGAACACACAGACAAAGGGGACUGCACGAAGCCAGAGGACAAUCUCUUAGCUGUGAAUGGUGAAUCAGUGCUCGGCUACGCUGUGGAAAAGUCAACAUGCCUGGAUGGGGAUAGCUCGGAUGACGUCUGUCCCAGCCUACCCAGCAUGCCUAGUGCCAGCACGAGUACCCUUGGUCAACCACAGGCAGAAGCCAUCACUAGUCAGAGUCGCUCUUCGACCCCUUCCACUCUGGCCUGUGACCCGACGACCUGUCCCAUCAUCCCCGGCUGUGAGACCACCAUUGACAUCUCCAAGGGCCGCACAGGCCUGGGCCUUAGCAUUGUGGGAGGCUGUGAUACUCUGCUGGGGGCCAUCAUUAUCCACGAAGUUUACGAAGAAGGAGCAGCCUCAAAAGAUGGCAGGCUCUGGGCAGGAGACCAAAUCCUGGAGGUGAACGGUAUCGACCUGCGUGAAGCCAGUCACGAUGAGGCCAUCAACGUGCUGCGGCAGACCCCACAGAGAGUCCGGCUGGCGGUCUUCAGGGAUGAGGCCCAGUACAAGGAGGAGGACCUGUGGGACUCGUUCACCGUGGAGCUCCACAAGAAGCCUGGCCAGGGAUUGGGCCUGAGCAUUGUAGGAAGGAGGAAUGACACGGGAGUGUUUGUGUCCGAUAUUGUGAAAGGAGGCUUGGUGGACACCGACGGCCGCCUGAUGCAGGGCGACCAGAUCAUGUCAGUCAAUGGUGAGGAUGUCAGGUCGACCACUCAGGAGGCCGUGGCUGCACUACUCAAGUGCUGUGUGGGGCCAAUAACCAUGGAAGUAGGGAGGUUUAAGGCGGGCCCUUUUCACUCAGAGAGAAGACUGUCUCAAAGCAGUCAGAUGAGUGAAACGGGGAGCAACAAGGCGGCCUCUCAGUCAUGUCCCGACUCUGGGAACCUUCCCGGUGACAUUGACAAACUAAGUCAGAGUUUGGAUUAUCCAGAGCAUCAGGACACCAGAACAGUCGAGUUCAUUAAAAUCCCCAAUGAUUCUCUGGGUAUCAGUAUAGCGGGGGGUGUGGGCAGCCCCCUAGGCGAUAUCCCCAUCUUCAUCGCCAUGAUGAAUCCCGUCGGCCUGGCUGCUCAGACACAGAAGCUUAAGAUCGGGGACCGCAUUGUCAGUAUCUGUGGAACCUCUGCUGAAGGCAUGACCCACUCACAGGCUGUCACUCUGCUCAAGAACGCCACAGGCACAAUACAGCUGCAGGUGGUAGCGGGAGGUGACACCACCGUGACAGGUCCCUCUCAGGAGCAGGCAGUCGGGGGUCUCACGCCCAGCUGCAUCUUCCAGGAUGACCUUGGCCCACCUCAGUAUAAGACCAUCAACCUUGAGAGGGGACCAGAUGGACUGGGGUUCAGUAUAGUCGGAGGACACGGCAGCCCCCAUGGAGACUUGCCGAUCUACGUUAAAACUGUUUUCGGAAAGGGGGCGGCAGCGGAGGACGGCCGCCUGAAGAGAGGAGACCAGAUAAUGGCCGUUAACGGGCAGACUCUGGAGGGCGUCACUCAUGAAGAAGCCGUUGGCAUCCUGAAAAGGACCAAAGGAACUGUCACGCUCACUGUGCUGUCAUAGACACACAUAUGCAAUAACCCACAAACACACAUACACACACUAUCUUCACAACUUUUCUUACACUUCUUAUCACACCCGAUGUUAAUCCACAUCUAUAGAGACGGAAACUUUUAAAUAGCAGCACACCUCGCAGGUGUGAUGUCGUGUCUAGCUGUAGAAGAACUCAAACCUGCAAAUAUUUCACGACUGCAAGAUUCUGCUAAAAUCACCAGAUAUUCACCUGUGAAAAUAUGCACACUGAAAUAUGAAUAACAUUUUCUAUAUAAUCAUGAAGGAGCUUAAUGUAGCUUUGAACACUGUGAUCCACGUAAGCCUACAGCAAGUAGACUUAUGUUUGUCUCAUAAUAAAACUGCUUUUAUCGCUGAAACAGUCACCCAAAAUAGUCCGUAAAGCAAACACAUGAAUUCAUAAAUAGUUUGCCAUGCAGUGUUUUAAUUAGUUGUAUAAAUCUCAAAGAGGUUGUAAAUAGUAUUAGAACAGCCCAGCUCUGUUACAUUCCGUGGCUCUGGAUUGAAGUAUUCACUGAACAUAGUGGCUCAAGUAUUUUAUUGUUUCCUGUAUAGAAAUGAAUGCUAUGUGAGAUCAUUAUUUUACAACAGAGAGCACCCGAGGGCAAAAUCUGAAUAUUUCUAUAGAGAAGAAGCCUAUUUUUCAAGGUUUUUAAACUGUCUACUUAUAGGGGUCACCUCCCACUAAAUUAAGAGCAUGAAACAGCAUGAAAAGGCCCAUGAGAUAUAAACAGAUAAGCAGAAUCUAGCCCAUGGCUGUAUUAGCUGAUGACAGCAUUACAUGUCUUUUUACAUUGCACUGCUGUUGGCAAUUCAUCGUGCUGAUUUUCCUGAAAGGCUCAUGCUGCUGUAACUGGUUUUAAUCACAUUGUUUUAGAAAAAGUGGCCAAUAGAGCAUUUUUAAGUGCUGAUGGCUCGAAGUCUGACAUUGUAAAUAAACAGAAAUAUGUGAAAUCCUUAAAACUAAGAAGCGUGGUUGGAUUACACAUUUGACACGAUGAGGAAUUGUGCGUGUGUGUGUGUGUAUGUAUGACCUACUCACUGAAAUAUAGUGCUGCUAAAGCCGAUGUAUAAGGUAUUAUCUCAGUAUUUAGAUUUUUUUUUAAAGUAUUAAUUCAUGUUCUCUUCAUGAAAGUGCGAAAGUAGAGAAAAUGACCUGCUCUCUAGGCUUGAGUGGACGUGUUUAAUUUCUCAAAUUGUUAUAUAAUGGACCUGUGCUCAUUUUGACUUUAUUGUUUACCCAAAACAAAGUCAUCUAGUGUGUAGCUCCUGAAGUUAGUAGGCUUGUGUUGUGUGGUCUAGUUUAUAAGAAAGUUGUCUGUUCUCCGUCUUAUUACCUUAUAUAAUGUCUCUCUAGCACUGUCAAUAUGACAGUAUUGAAUUUAUUCACACUGAAUUAAAUAAAAGUGACCUUUG